AUGGCGACGCUGAGCGUCGGGAUCACGGGCUUUGGCCUCGUGCGCGACGGAGUGCAACCAGACUGCGUGGUUUUUCUCGGUACUGUUCAGCAAAGCAGCAGUAGCAGUAGCUCCUGGACGAUUUACCGGCCGUUCGAAGCGUUCCAGCGACUCGGUCAGCAGCUCAGCAUGAUCUUUGGACAGAUGGCGCCCGUCUGUCCGCCUCGUCUGUUUGACUUGCGCUUGCCGGACUCGCUUGAGAAGGCGCGCGUGGACUUGAGCUUGUGGAUGCUGCAGCUCCUGCAGCACGCGCCGAUUUACCAGUCGCACGUGUUUGUGGACUUUGUUAGUGCUGACGCCAACGUGCCGCCGCACGGACUGCAGAAUGCGGCAGCGCUGGGGCCCACAACAAUUGCAUCUGCGCGCGGCGGCGGCGGGAAUAUUGGCGACCUCGAUAUGGACGAGAUGUUCAACUCUGCCACGGACGACGAUCCGCGCUCGCACGAUGAGCUGCACGAUGACGACAUGUUCCAAUUUGACUACAGCACCGACAUGUCGAGUGCGGGACUGGACCAGCAGACGCUGCUGGAAGAGACACAACUGCAGCAUGCACAGCAGGUGCGCGAGCAGAAGAAGAGCGAGAAGGUGACGCUGGAGGAUUUUGUCAUGAUUAAGGUCAUUGGCAAGGGAAGUUUUGGCAAGGUGCUCCUCGUGCGCAAGCGAGACACGGGACUCAUUUACGCCAUGAAAGUGCUACGGAAAGAGAACAUCAUCAAACGCAAUCAAGUGGAACACACGCGGACGGAACGUCAUGUGCUGGGCUACGUGCGGCAUCCGUUCAUUGUGGGACUGAAUUAUGCGUUUCAGACGUCGGAGAAAUUGUACUUUGUGCUCGACUAUUGCGCAGGAGGGGAACUUUUCUUUCACUUGGGCAAAGUACAGCGGUUUCCGGAGCACCGUGCACGCUUCUACGCCGCAGAAAUCACGCUGGCUAUCGAGUACGUGCACAAUUUGGACGUCAUCUACCGCGAUUUGAAGCCGGAGAACGUCUUGCUUGAUGAGAAUGGACAUAUUCGCCUGACGGAUUUUGGUCUCUCCAAGGAAGGGAUCCAGGACGACUUCUCUGGUGCCAAUUCCUUCUGCGGUACACCCGAGUACCUCGCGCCUGAGAUUUUGAACCGCUCGGGACAUGGCCGGGCCGUGGAUUGGUGGUCACUCGGCGCAUUGCUGUAUGAAAUGCUGACUGGUUUGCCUCCGUUCUACUGCCGUGACCGCGAUCGUCUUUUCGAGAAGAUCCGCAAGGGUGAUCUUAGUUUUCCCAAGUAUCUGUCGCCGAACGCUAAGGAUUUGUUGAAGAAGCUGCUGGAGCGCGACCCGACGGGACGUCUAGGAACGGGCCCGACCGAUGCCGGUGAGAUCAAGAACCAUCCGUUCUUUGCAGAAAUCAAAUGGAGUGCGCUUGCCGCUGGACAAGUGCCACCUCCAUGGCGCCCCACGUUUUCCGGUGCGCUCGACACGUCACAGUUUGACCGCGAAUUUACUGACAUGCCCGUGGUAAGCCCGGAUAACCAAGUGCGAGGUAUGGCAAUGGCUAUGGGUCGGCGGUCCGCAACUGGCAAUGCGUACGGGAGCAGUCUGACAGGGAACGACCCGUUCAAAGGCUUUACUUACACUGAAGAUUCUUACCUGCAGGACGGUCUACCGAGCCGCAGCCCAGGUAUACGAGGAAGCGGGCGUGUGCGGCACCACAACAUGUGA